AUUUUUAGGACAAGGGUAUACAUAUAUUUUUCUUGAUUUGGCUCUUCACAAUUUUAGAUUUGUAACCAAACAAUUCAUAUGUGAUAAAUGUAUAUUCUCAACUUUUAUUACAGGGUAUUAUAAAAAUGGUAUUUUAAUACAUUUUGGUUUCACCAUGUAGAAAUUACAGCACUUUUUAUACACAGUCCCCCAUUUAAGAGUACCAUGAUGUUUGGGACAAAUGGCUGCGCAGGUGGAGUAGUCAGGCGUGUUAAUUUGCUUUUUAAGUACGGGUAUAUAUAUAUUUCAGAAAAUAAAUUUGUUUACUGAUACGUCUACUGGUUUAGAAAGUUGUACAUUCUUGGAGAAGUAAAUAGUGGCUUGAACAGGGGCUUUAAUUUUUAGUUUUAUCAAUGGGAGCACAACUAUGUGGGGUAGCAAUAUUGUAACUAAACGCUUUAGCCUAUCAGCUUCGUUAACAUGUUAGUAUACUUUGUUUAACGCGACCAAAGACAAGAGACUACCUCGAAAAAAAGAAGCUCACACACUAGGUAACAACAAACAGCAGAACUGAGGAGCUGCCGCAGCAACAUUGUGCGUCAAAAGUGUGACAGGAAGCAACAGAGGGCCAUGGGGGUGAGGUGACGCUGCCCAUGUGACGGAUGGUCAUCAGGAGAGAUUAAAGAGAAACGUAGGCUAGUGUCUGUCACUGUCUGGGUGGAUUUCUGUCUCUCUGUUAAAGAGGCUGACCUGGUUUGAACUGUCAUCUCUGACAACUGGGUGACUUCAUUGCCUUUUUUAAUACUUCAUCACUUGCCUCCUGUUUUGAGAUGCCACUACUGCCACAGACAGAGGAAGCAGAACACUUUGAUGGGCUAUCCUUGCUUUACUGGACUCUAAUGGGGCCUCACGGCAUCAAUCGUGCUGUGCAGAGGAUGGAGUUCUCAGACUGCAGAAAGGGCCUGGGUGUGAAAAUCAUUGGAGGCUACCGGGAACUGACAGGUGAAGAGUAUGGAGUAUUCAUUAAAAGGGUCUUACCUGGAGGGGUGGCAGCUCUGGAUGGGCGACUUAAAUCCGCCGAUCUCCUUUUGGAUGUCAAUAACAUAAGUUUAUGUGGGGUUACAACUGAAAGGGCAGUGGAGAUUCUCCGCAUGGCAUCGGCCACCAAUCACAUGUCCCUCCUGAUUGUACGUGAUGAUGAAUCCAGGAAAGAAUUCACAGAUCUAAUGGAAAAAUAUGGCUCCAACAGCAGCACAGGCUCUGGACGGACCUCUCCUACUCUCCUUUCCACAGGAAAGCUGACAGACACAGCAUCAUCUUCAUCAUCCUCGCGAUCAACCAGCCCCCUUCUCCUGAGCCCCAAGGAACCUGGAACGAGUUGCAGCUGCACAGCCACAACACCCGUUUUUUAUCGUGGUGAGACAGAAAGUAAGCUUCAGAAUGCCUUUUAUCAUUUCCCCUGCAAGUGUCUGUCUCUUAGGCUGACCUUUAAUUCUGCCUUCUCUUCCCUCAGUGACAACACCAUUCAGUUGAUAUGUGUUGCUAAGGGAACAGGCUUAGGCCUGGUCAUCAAGGGCGGAGCUAACCGAGCUGAGGGCCCUAUGGUGUUCAUUCAGGAAAUUGUGCCGGGAGGAGACUGCCAGAAGGAUGGUCGACUGAAGACUGGGGACCAGCUCAUAUCUGUCAAUAAAGAAUCACUCAUUGGCGUUACCUACGAGGAGGCUAGAAGCAUACUUUUACGAACAAAGCUAAGACCAGACCCGACAGUGGAAAUUGCCUUCAUUAGGCGGAGGUCUUCCUCCAGCUCCAGUAGUGGGCCCCAGAGCCCCGUCUCUCUGCAGCCAGCACUUAACAGAAACGGCCAGAUCCUGAGGCCCACGGGGUUGAGCGUUCUGUCUCCUCCGGCCACUCUGGUUCCUAAGAUGUCUUCAAUACCCAACACUGGAAGUGAGACCUUGCCUUCUGUAAAACUAAGUCAGUUCCAAGUGGACCCUGUAAAGACAGAGCAGGCUUCUGGCAUGUCGCCACUGAGCGCCACUGUUGCAGACUCAAAUGCCGAUCUGAUUUCUGCCUGUGAAAGGGCAGACAGUUUGUCCACUCACAGGAAAGUUUCAAACAGCUUCGGCAGCCGCCUAAAGCUCGAAAAGUUGAGGCAGGCGCUUGGGUACCUGGGAAUAACGCCCACAGAAGAUGAGUGGCAGCUGCUGAGAGAGAGGCUGAGAACAGAUCCGGCUGGUACAGUGUCCUGCAGAGAUUUUGAGGCCAUUACCAGAGAGCUCUUCAAGGUGCAGAUCAGUGAAUCUGCACUUCAAGGGUUAAGUAGAUUUACAUCUGAUGAUCUUACUAGCCUUCUGGAAACAUCAAAACAUCAACAGGUUUAUACAUCAGAUUCUGAAGACCUUGAAGAAAUGGAGAGACUAAGGAAAGACCACAUUGAGGCUUUAAGAGAAAUAAAGAAACUGCAGGAUCAGCUGGCUGAGUCAGAAGGCCUUCAGCGUCAAAUGCAAGAGGAUCUAGUGAAGGUUAAGCAGGACGCAAAAUCUGGAGCUGAGGAGACUCAAUCUCUCCGGACCCGGAUCUACCUGGCAGAGGCUGCUCAGAUGCAAGCCCGGGGCAUGGAGAUGGACUAUGAAGAGGUCAUCCGCCUGUUGGAGGCAGAGAUAGCUGAAAUGAAGUCACAACUAGUUGACAAACCCACCCAUUUUAAGGAAAUACAGGAUUUAACAAAAAGAGCUGCUGUACUGGAGAGUCAGUUACGCAAGUCUGAGGCUGCUAAAAAAGAUCUUGAGGUGUCCACGGGGAAGCUGUUGCAAUUUGUGGAGAUAGUCCAAGACUUCCUCACAGAAAAUCAAGCUUCUCUGAGAAAUUACAGUGCACCUAAUGACCCAAGGAUUGGCUUUUUCCAAGCUGGGGCAGCUCGAUUUGACGGGAAAACACCUUUGACUGCCUCAACACUUGUUUUGGAGGCCAGGGAACUCACCCGGUCCAUUAAAGCCAUUCUUGAAGCGGAUUGUAAGUGAUCUAAUGCUGUAUAUUCUAGCAUUGUGCAUUCAAUAGGAAAAAAGUGUCCUUUUGUGAGUUGUCUUGCAUCAAAUCUAUUAGAUAAGGGAUUCACGCCAUUCAGGUCGACUGAUCACCAAUUGUUUAAGUAAGGAUUGCUAUCUGUAAAAAUCAAUGAUAUACUACUGUUAUUUGCUGUAAAAGUGUUAAAGUGUCAUCCUUGUUUACAUUCAGCUAUCGUUAACAUUUUUUUAACAUUCGUUAAUUUUUUAAAUGGGACUUAUGCAGUAUAAAUCCUACUACUCUCAUACUGUUAUCAGUGAGAACUGAAAAGCAUGGCAAAGAAAAAAAACUUGUGUGUGUGUGCGUAUGUGCAUGCGUGUGUGCGUGCAUGUAUGCGUGUGUGCGUGCGUGCAUGCGUUUGUGGUAUAUAUAUAGCCAUUUAAAAGUUGUGAAGUUGUCAACAAAGUCUAAGCACCUUUGAUGAUGAUAAUGUUAUUAGAACAUUCCAAGGGCUGGUUGCACCAGCUGGACUUACCCUUGGCUUGAUGUUACAUCCUGUGCAGGACAUUGCAUCAGAAGCUGUAUUAAAUUAGAUGUUGGAUAUACACCUGUUGCGCUACCUGGACAUAUCUUUAUGUUUUGCCUGGGCAUAAGUCAAGCACCAAGUACAGACAUUAGGAGGCAUUGGUUAAACUGGUUCUCCACAAAUGAAAUUGAGAUAAAUUAUGAGUAGGCUAUACUGUGUUUGUUAACAAAACAAUAUUGUAAUGACUUGUAAAUAGAUUGCACAACAAGAAGCCAAUAAAAAUGUAAUUUGAGAUUAAAGCAUUAAAGCAUGCUUACAUCUGACCGAGACAUUAAAUAUCUAUAUCAAUUUACA